UGUGGUGAUGUUCCGGCCCCGACCAGCCGGGUGGUGAUGCUGGAGGCUGGGGACGAUGCUACGGUUCUCCUGCAGCUGCUGUGUGUGGCAGCACCUCCCCACCGCACCCAGGAGACCUCCCCAACACCAGCCCCCUGCCACACUAACGCCUCACCGCUCCACCACACACAUGUACUAAGUGAAGAAUUCUACUCUACGUCUGAACCGGUUUCCGCCGGGCUUCAAAAUCCUGGCAGCCUUUCCCCUCAGCCGUCUCCUCCAGCAGCAGAUGAGGCACUUGGGGCGAGGGCUGAGGAGGAGGCCGAGUCUGGCGAGGGGGAAGAGGGGGUGCAGGCCGGAGUCGACAGCUCAGGGAGCCAGCAAAGUGGAAAUUUGCCUCGGGCAGCUGACGGUGACGAAGGCGACGACGGGGAAGUGGGAGAUAAGAGGCGGUGGAGAAGCGUCGAUAACGAAGACAGCACAGGAAGAGAGGGAGGAAAGAGAGCUCACAGAGGAAGUGUCGAUAACGAAGUUGACGAGGGAAGAGCGGGGGAAAGAAUACAGGACAAGAAGAGAGAGAACUUACACGAAGGUAAGAAACUCUUAAACAAGAAGGAUCACGUCAAUAAGCAACAUUUUGCGACGAGUCGGCUCUUCACGCCCCGUCCCAGGGUAGCUGGGACCAGGGACACGCUCCCCACCGCCAGGGACACGCUCCCCACCGCCAGGGACACGCUCCCCACCGCCAGGGACACGCUCCCCACCGCCAGGGACACGCUCCCCACCGCCAGGGCCACGCUCCCCACCGCCAGGGACACGCUCCCCACCGCCAGGGACACGCUCCCCACCGCCAGGGCCACGCUCCCCACCGCCAGGGCCACGCUCCCCACCGCCAGGGCCACGCUCCCCACCGCCAGGGCCACGCUCCCCACCGCCAGGGACACGCUCCCCACCGCCAGGGACACGCUCCCCACCGCCAGGGACACGCUCCCCACCGCCAGGGACACGCUCCCCACCACUAACGAAGAGGAGCACCAGGCUGAAGGCAUCACAGUGAACACAGAGCCCAGAAAUGACGAGUCAGGUGAGAUAAUGAAGGGACCGAGCCAGACAGGCCCUGAAGACUUUAUCCGGCUUACGUCUCCUUCCCCACCCCAAGAAAACGGCUCAGGAGUGAACAUUGAUCCACGGGAAGAGGUCAGCGAAGUGUCAUGGCACCUGGACUACCUACACCCGGCACUCAGCGUGAGCGUGGAGGGGGCCCGGGUGGCGGUGAGGCUGCGACCCUCCUUCGACCCCCCGCCCAUCCUCAUCUCUCAUUCCCUUUCCUUCUCCUCCUCGAGUCGCUCCUCUGUCCAAUACCAGAGCAUGUCCUCCGUCCUUCCUCGCGGGGACGCUGCUUCUAGCCCAUCUGUUAUCUUCCCUCGUCUCUCUUCUUCCUCCUCCUCUCCUCGGCUCUCUUCUUCCUCCCCGAUCUUCCAAUCCCUUGUGACUCCACCUCUAGCCGCCGCCUCCUUCCUCCACUCAUCCUCCAGAGGGCCUGCAGUGUCCCCUGUUCCUCCACCUGGUCCUUGGUCUCCUCCCUGGCGUGGCCCUUGGGUCCUCGCGCCCUCCGGUCCCUAUUCCAGGCCCCCUCUUGCCCCUCAGACCACUUUAGAGCCUGUUCCAGACCCCUCGAACGGUCCCAUGGGGUCAUUUCCACGCCACUCCUGGCCACCCACACGCCUUCCUGGGGCCACGCCACGCCCGCACGCAUCGGAUACCCGAUCACCGCGCCCUGGCACGCCCGCGAGGGCACUAGCGGUGCUGCAGUGCCGGUACACACGCGGUGCCACAACAACGGUCUACAUCAUGCCAGGUAGAGUGCCAUCUUUAGUGUUGUUAGGCAGCCCACACCCCCAUUAG